AUGCUCAAGAUACAGACCGCCGCCGUGCCGCCAAGUAUCCACUCUUCGCGCACUAUCCACGACCCCUCCGGCGACUCAAAGUCCGUUUCCGUGCGCAUCACGUCUACCCCCGUUCAAGCUUCCGAACAACAAUACUCAACUACUCGGGCUGAUCCCGCCUGGGGCCUCAUGAACGGCAUCGUCGGUACCGCCCCCAUGGGCGCCAUGUACGUCCGCGCCCUCUACGAUUACGAGGCCGACGAUCGCACCAGUCUCAGUUUCCACGAAGGAGACGUUAUCCAAGUCAUCACCCAGCUCGAGAGUGGCUGGUGGGAUGGUGUUAUAAAUGGCGUUCGAGGCUGGUUCCCAAGCAACUACUGCCAAAUUAUAACGAGUCCCGACGAUAUACCCGACAGUGCCCACAACGGUGCCUUUGAUGUCGUCGAGGAUGAUGUCGAGGACCCUGAGAUUUACGACGAUCAGUAUGAUCAAGACGACGACUCUGAACUGGAUGGCCCCAUCGCACUGCCGCUCGAGGGGACUGAUGGGGGAGACAGUUCAAGGGCCGAUUUCUGGAUUCCGCAAGCAACCCCCGAUGGGCGCUUGUUCUAUUACAAUAUGAUGACAGGAGACCGCAGCAUGGAACUGCCUUUGGAGUCUCCUGUAUCUAACAAUGAGACUGGCCCACGAGAUCGAAUGAAUGUCAAUAUCCCCGAUAAAACUAGGCCACCUCCUGAGAUGAUGGCUCGUGGUCUUACCCAAGACGAGGACGACGAAUCUUUGACAUCUGCAUCCGAGGCCGAAGGCGACUCGUCGAGACUAACCACACGUCGUGCAAAGAACCGCCAUCGUUCUUCUUUUGGUGCUCUGUCGCCAUCGACAUCCAUGGAUUCAAUCAACGGCGCAUCACCUGUUGGCCGUACUCGAAAUGGCGCUUCGUCAAAUGGCCUUCUCUCUGCAGGGCAAGUUCCCAACAUAGCAUCAGCAACCUCGUUUACUAGCACCACUUACAACCUUCCCACUACGGCCACCGUUCCUCGAUCGUUCUUUGAUGAUGGUUCUACACCUUCUCUAAGCUGGACCCUGCUUGUCUCUAACAUGCGACGAGCUAUUGACCGCUAUCGCGAAGCUAUCAUGAACAACAACCGUUCAGAAUAUGUAGCGAAAGCUGAAGACAUAUCAGAUCACUUACGAUUGCUGCUCGCCGCUGGUUCGGGGACUACUGACAACCAUUCGGGCCAACCGUCUAUUAUAUCGACAAACAAAGCUCUGUAUCCCCACUUCCGAGAUAUGAUGUCCAAGUUCUCCAAGCUCGUCAUUUCUUCCCAUAUAGCGGCUGCGGAUUGGCCCAAUGCUGAGUCUAUCCAAAAAUGUCUGCAGGAGGCCGAUGGUGUUCUUAUGGGUGUGUACAGCUAUGUGGAAGUGGCUCGACAACAACGUGGCGAGGAGAUUCCUCGACUCUUCCCUGGAUUUGUCAUUGGCAGUACUACAGGUGGCAGUUGGCAAAACAACGGCCUAGGUCCGCGAGAUGAAAUCACGGCCAAUUUCCUCGAAGACGAGGAGGGUGUUGUGGAACCAACUGCAAUCUUGGAUAACAAAAUGCUCGAGCGAUUGGACGAGCAGAAGCGCAUUCUCGUAUCCAGCAUCCGGGAACUCGACAAGAGCCUAGUUGUGAUGGAGAAGAUUGUCACACCUUACAGACACGAAGUUAUCGGCAACAACGUUUGCUUUGCUGGUGGGAGGGUUCUUGAUACAUUCAGACAAUGGAUUGCCAUGAUUGAGUCCAUUGAUCUGUCUUCUCUAGGCAACAGCUUCCAGACACCUCAGUUAACUGACCUCGGCACCAACAAGCAGAGUCUUUACGACAACAUAUCUGAUCUCAUCCUUGGAUGCCAAGCUGUCGCUGGACCUUUGGCUGACGAAUGGUCCGAAGUUCGUGGCGAGGCAUUGGAGAACCGUCUGGACUAUGUGCGACAAUGUGCCCGGGCAUUGGAAACUAAUUCCUCGCAUAUCGGCUUCUCUCUUCAAUUGUUAUCCGAGCAGGUUCAAAUUAACAUGCAAUCACACCAGAUAGAACCUCGCCCACGAGAGAACUCCUUUGUCCGAAGCACUCUGCAAAGAGGCGAGACAAUGCCCUACGAUCGUCCACAUCAGCGUACAGAAUCGAGAACCGCUCCGGUGCGACCGCCUCUUAUCACAUCACAGUCGUUCACUGAAGGCGAGCCUGCACCCGGCAAUAUGCGCAGAGGUGACUAUUCCAAGGUGAAGAAGAUCUUUGGUGAAGACCCGUCUCCGCAAGUUCCAGUAACGGAAGACACACCGGAAUUCUUGCUCUUGGAUUACGAGCACGAGGUAUCUUGGGACAGCAAGACUUCGCCGCCUACUGUCAAGGGAGGAUCCUUGCUCGCCCUUGUCGAGCAAUUAACUCGUCACGACAAGCUUGAUUCAAAUUUCAACAACACAUUCCUCCUCACUUACCGAUCUUUUACAACGGCCCGAGAACUCUUCGAAAUGCUUAUCAAGCGAUUCAACAUUCAACCGCCGGAGGGUCUCAACCCGAUUGAUUUUGAGAUUUGGAGGGACCGAAAACAGAAGCUUAUUCGAUUCCGCGUCGUCAACAUCCUCAAGAACUGGUUUGAUAAUUUCUGGAUGGAGGACCAUAACGACGAGUCAAAACAACUUGUUCGAGAUGUCUACAGCUUCGCGAAAGAUACGGUCAAAUCGACAGAGACACCCGGCUCAGCACCUUUAAUGGCAGUCCUUGACCAAAGGCUGAGCGGCAAGGAUGCUGGUGCUCGCAGGAUGAUCCAAACGGUGAACCAGAACACGCCGACGCCGAUCAUGCCCAAGAACAUGAAGAAGCUGAAAUUCCUGGAUAUUGACGUGAUUGAAUUCGCGCGCCAGCUCACGAUUGUCGAGUCUCGCUUGUACGGCAAGGUCAAGGCGACAGAGUGUCUAAACAAGACCUGGCAGAAGAAGAUCCCUGAGGGCGAUCCUGACUUGGCCCCCAAUGUCAAAGCACUUAUCCUCCAUUCAAACCAAAUGACGAACUGGGUCGCCGAAAUGAUUUUGGCACAAAUGGAAGUCAAGAAGCGAGUGGUAGUGAUCAAACACUUCGUUUCCGUUGCCGAUCGUUGUCGUGUUCUGAACAACUUCUCGACACUAACAUCGAUUAUCUCCGCACUGGGUACUGCACCCAUUGCUCGUCUCAAGCGGACAUGGGACCAAGUGCCUCAGCGUACACAUGCCACAUUAGAAUCAAUGCGGAGAGUGAUGGCGAGUACCAAGAAUUUCGGCGAGUACCGUGAAGCUCUUCAUGCCGCUAACCCACCUUGUAUUCCCUUUUUCGGUGUCUACUUGACCGACUUGACAUUUAUCGAAGAUGGUAUUCCUUCCAUCAUUAAGAAAACUAACCUCAUCAAUUUUGCCAAACGUGCUAAGACCGCUGAGGUCAUUCGGGACAUUCAGCAGUAUCAGAACGUCGGGUACUCACUGCAGCCUGUACCCGAAUUGCAAGACUACAUCCUGAACAACAUGCAGGCUGCUGGUGAUGUACACGAGAUGUAUGACAAGAGCUUGCAAGUCGAGCCUCGUGAGCGCGAGGAUGAAAAGAUUGUGAGGGUUUUGGCCGAGUCUGGGUUCCUCUAA